AUGCGUCCCUUUGUUCCAUUCCUUGCCUUUGCAACGGCUUUCGCAGCCGACAUCGAUACUGAAGGACUCCCCAACACAGGUCUCGACACAUCUUCCUGGACAACAGGCACAGCUCCACCAAUCACCUCCCUUGUCAACCUCCACGACAUCCAAAUAGCCGCGAAGAAUACCCUCUCACCUCGCGAUUACGCCUACUAUCGUACAGCAGCUCUCGAUGAAGUCACCUAUCUGGCAAAUCUCAACGACUGGGCAAAGAUCAAGCUCAAUGGAUUCAGCUUUCAAAAUACGGCAAAUGUCAACAUGAAGACUAGCAUGYUGGGAUAUGAGUUCGACUCUCCAUUUUUCAUCGCUCCAGCAGCACAAGCCGGCCGAGCCAAUGCAGGAGCCGAGACAAAUCUAGUCAGAGCAGCGGGAGCAGCCAACAUCCUCUACGUCCCUUCAAUAUCCGCAACGCAGUCGACGCAGGAGAUUGCAGCCGCAGCAGUACCCGGCCAAGUCAUGUUCCAUCAAGAAUAUGUCUGGGCUGAUAGUUCCCGUGUCCAAUCCGAAUUAGCAGAGAUUGAAGCCGCCGGCUACAAAGCAAUCUUCCUAACAGUAGACAACACAGGCGUCCAAGGCAUCCGUAACCGCCAACAACGCUACUCAGCCGGCGGAGACAGCGGCCACAGCCUCAACUUCUCCAUCGCCUCCAUCGCCGAACUUCAAAGUACCCUCUCCAUCCCCAUCAUCCCCAAAGGCGUCAAAACCGCCCACGACGUCAAACUGUGCGCGGACUUGGGAUUUCCAGCCGUAUACAUUUCCAACCACGGUGGUAGAGUCGUGGAUAUGGCCCCUACAGCGGUGCAAGUCCUCCUAGAUACAAGAAGAUUGUACCCGGAAGUUUUCAAUCAGAUUGAAAUUUAUGCCGAUGGAGGCGUGCGGAGGGCUUCGCAUGUGUUGACUUUGAUGGCUUUGGGUGCGAAAGCUGUGGGCGUGGGGAGACCGGUCAUGUUUGCGAAUAUUUAUGGGCAGGAGGGUGUGGAGAAGGUUAUUGAUGUGUUGAAUGUGGAGUUGGAGACGACGAUGCGGUUGAUGGGGGUUGGUGAUGUUGGUGAUUUGGUGGGGAAUCGGUCGUUUGUCAAUACACGGCAGAUUGAGUACGAGACUUUUGGUAUGCCGUUGAUGUAUUGA